AUGGUCUCGGCCCAAGCGGACGCCGACGCGGCGUCCAGCGCCGCCCCGCUCCGCCGCGACCCCAAGCUGGGCAAAUACUUCGAGUACGACCUGUCCAAGCUGCAUAACAGCCGCGGUGGCUUCCUCACGGAAGAAGACCUGGAGGGCGACCGCAUUCGCAGCGUGGUCGAGGUCGCGCGGCAGAAGGAGCGCGAGAAGCAGAUGAUGCGCGAGGGUGAAGAGCCGCCCAUCUUCCCCGACUCGUCGCCGCGAUGCGACGAGUGCAAAAGCCUCGAGAUCGACCAGAGUUUCGUCAAGGUGUUUGACGUGCGCGUGUGCAAGAACUGCAAGGAGAAGUAUCCGGAGAAGUACUCGCUCCUCACCAAGACCGAGUGCAAAGAAGAUUACCUCCUCACCGAUCCUGAGCUGCGCGACACCGACCUCCUGCCACAUCUUCUCAAGGCGAACCCGCACGCCGCGAGCUACUCCAACAUGAUGCUGUUUCUGCGGAUGCAGGUCGAGGAGGUGGCGUGGAAGAAGUGGGGCGGAGAGAAGGGUUUGGAUGAAGAAUGGGCGCGGCGCGAGGAGUUCAAGAAGCGCAAGCGCGAAGCAAAGUUUGAAGCGGGAUUGAGGGAUCUGCGGAAACGCACUCGUAACAAUCAGUACCAGCGACGAACAGAAGCGCAGCACGUGCACGAGUUUGAAGACGCAGAAGAGGUCACAAAUCGUCACGGGGACACGCGGACGAUUCAGCGCUGUACGUGUGGCGCAGAGCAGGAGGUGGAGGUGUUGUGA